AGUGGAAAUUUGCAUACUUCAGUAAACAUAUUAAUAACAUCAAACAUAAUUAUUGAGAAAUUGGAAAAAUAUAUUCCCUUAAUUAAUUGGGAGAUUCAAAGUAAUAAUUUAUUUUCACCCAUUCCUUUAUUGAAUUAAGUUUAGUUUUUGCUAUUUUUGUAGUGAUAAGUCUUCUGGGAUUUUAUUUAUCAACUUACUUCUUUGGUACUCAGUCUUAAAUUAAAUGACGGAAAAUAUCAGCUUUUCAGCUGAGUUAUUGAUUCAUAAUAUUAUUUUAAAAAAUGUAACAAGCUGAGCUAAGUUUUGAUUUUAUUUCAUCACAGUCAUUUUAAAGUGUGCUUUACAAUUUUUAUAACCUUUAAAUUUUGUGUGCAGGAUUCAUGCUUUUAACUUGUUUUUAAAAUUACAUAGAACUAAAAAAACUUGAAAAGUUUUGACCCUCCAUGGCUCAUCUGAUGAGAAGAUUGCAAAAGGAGUUCCAGGAGAUACAGAGAGGCAAAAUAAAAGAUUUCCAAAGUGUAACCGUACUCGAUUCCAACUUUCUGAAAUGGCAAGGCAACCUCUUGCCACAGAAACCGCCCUACAACAAGGCCGCCUUCCAGAUUGAAAUAAAAUUCACGACCGAUUAUCCAUUUCUGGCGCCGAAAAUUAAUUUCAUAACGAAAAUCUAUCAUCCGAACGUGGACGAGAGUGGUCACGUGUGUUUGCCGAUUAUUUCAAUGGAGCACUGGAAGCCCGUCACCAAAGUUGAGGAUGUCAUCUUGGCUCUCCUGGAUGUCAUCAACAACCCGCAGCCGGAGAAUGCCAUCCGGCCCGAGCUGGCUCAGGAAUACUCUUCUGAUUACAAGAAAUUCCAGAAGAAGGCAAACGAUCAUGCAAUAAAAUACGGCAUUAAACGAUGAAACAGUUUCCAGAACUGUUAUAAUGAAAUUGUAAAUACCGUAUCAAAAGUAAUACAAAAUUAUUGAACACUUAUAUUUCUGUUUUGAAUUGUACAGGAAUUAAUUUUUCAUCGAAAUUUUAAGUCUGCACUAUUCUUACUAUUUGAUGUAAAUGAAAUAAUAAAUUACAACAUUAAUUUUUUUCACUUUUUGUGUAGUUGAGAAGUUGAUAUUGUGGUAAUUAUUCAUAUUGAAUGAAAAAGACUAAGAACUUAAGUUCUUAGUCCAGUGGGUAGCGAGCGAUCAAUCCUUCCAAAAACGUAUAUAAUCAUAGCACAUAUGUAAUAUAUUUUUUGUGGAUCUUAUUAAAAUGAGUAUACAUUUAUAAAUUCCUGAA